ACAAUGCUCGUUUCUGAUGAAAAAUUAUUUGCGAUCGUUUUAUAUUCCGCAUUUGUAAACAAUGAUCUUAUAGCUUCUAUUAGAGAUAUUUGGAAGAAUUCUUGGGUAACUGGAACUUCCGGAGCAUUGGUAAUAGGAUUAGUUGGCGCAUUAGCUGCACCAUUUAUUAUAUCAGCAAUAAUUAAUGGGUUGGGAUUUGGUGUAGGAGGUAUUGCAGCAAAAUCCUUUGGCUCUUGGUAUAUGUCAUUGCAUGGAGGUAUGAUUGCACGUGGAAGUCUCAUCUCAAUUUUACAAUCGAUUGGAGCUGCUGGUUUAGGACCUUUGGGUAUUUUCUUAACCAGUAGUUUUGGAGGAGCUAUUGGAAUUCUUAUUGGAGCAAUUGGUGGUUCAAACCUUGCAUCAUAUUUUAGAGAAAUGGAUUUAAAUGGAACUGAAAGACAACUACUUGAAAGAUUUAUUCAAAUUGAAGAAAGUAAUUAUCAAAAUAAUAGUACAAUUAUUGUAUUCACACUCAUGCCAGCUUUAUUAUAUAAUGAUAAAAUGUUGAGAUGUUUUUUUGAAACAUUUGUAACUAGUUCACCAUUUGCCAAUUCUAAAUUAUUUAGAUUUGAUUUUAUAGAAAAUAAUUUAUUAAAAUUAAAAUCAGAAGAAGAAAGAGUGAAUUAUACCGUUUAUAAUUCGCUAAUUAGUGAUUAUGAUAAGUCUAGAUUAGAAUAUAUUUUUCGGGAUGAUUAUUUUUUAAUCGGAUAUAAGUUAAAUCUUGAUGAUCAUAAACCAUCGAAUCUUAUAAUAAGUACAUUGGUGGAAGUUUGGAAUGUACUAAAUGGUAAAAUCGUUGUGGGUAUUGAUGUCUAUAAAUUUCGUGAUCAAAUCGAUAAAUAUCGUAAUCAAAUUAAUGAUCAAAUUAGCAAAAUUGAUUUUGAUAAAUAUCGUGAUCAAGCUAGUGAUCAAAUUAACAAUCUUCGUGAUCAAAUUAAUAAAAUUGAUUUCGACGAACAUCGUGAUCAAGUUAAUGAUCAAAUUAACUAUCUUCGUAAUCAAAUUAAUGAUCAAAUUAACAAGAUUGAUUUUGAUAAAUAUCGUGAUCAAGCUAAUGAUCAAAUUAACAAUCUUCGUGAUCAAAUUAAUGAUCAAAUUAACAAGAUUGAUGUUAAUAAAUUUAGUAAUCAGAUUAGUGAUCAAGUCAACUACUUUUCAGAUUUAUUUCAUAAAAAGUUUAAAAAAUCUAAAUAAAUCAUAUUGGUUAGAAUUAUAUAAUUAAUAAAU